GCACCAGGCUGUGUCCCUGCCCUCCUUGGACAGGAAAGCAGCAGCCCUCAGGAAAGAGUUAAUCCCAGGCAGCCUUUGGGAUCCUUUGCUGGGGAGAGGGCUGAUCUUUUGUUUGUUUUGAAGCUGCUGGCAGGAAAGCAGGGAGGAGAAAAUUACCUAAGUGAUAGCGAGGUUGCCACGAACUGUAUAAAAACUGGGAAAUCAAAGCCCAGAAACUCCACCUCGCUGUCCCGGAGCACAAGCACAACCCCUGAAGAGAAACCCACCCCAGCAGCUUCGAGUGAUCUCAAAGGCUUGAACUCCAACCAAGCCGCAUGAGCUCAGAGCUGCUGCGGGACUGAGCAGCCCAGGAGCUGCCCCGGAGCGGGGAAAGGCUUUGGGAAUCCCACAGCCAUGGAGUGGGGGCAGCUCCUCUGCAUCUUCUGCCUGCUGGAGCUGGCUGGCUGCGCUGCCGGGAGCCCCACGGCCACCCCCACAGGGCCCUGGGACCCCAGCAUGGCCCUGGCACCCCAGCAGGGCCCUGACACCCCACCAGGACACCCCAGCAUGGCCCUGGCACCCCAGCAUGGCCCUGACACCCCUGUGCUCUCCCUCCAGGCUGCCAUCAGCUGCCACAGUGCCAGGGACGAGGGUGACACCACCGGGGCCAUCUGCCUGCAGCUCAACGAGUCCAGCACCUGCGAACACUUUUUGGAGAGGAAGGGGUCAGAUUUAUGGCAAGCAGUGUGUGAAAACAGAACCCACAGCGUGGAGUCCCCCUGUGAGAUCAAACUCAGCCCAUCCAGCCUGGACAGGGACUGCUUGCUCCUCAUCCUCAAAGGGGAGAAAGAUCCUGACAAACUCCUGAACACGCUCCAGAAGUCCCACUGGGAAAAGUUGGGAAUAGCAUCCCUGCAGAAGGAGGCAAAACCUGGCAAAAAGCUUCUCUUGCAGGCGCUGCAGGAAAAACCACAGCUCCAAAAACUGCAGUUCCAAAAUCUGCAGUUCCUGGGUGGUUUUCUUGCUCCACGUUGUCUCGGGCCCUCUUCUCCCCUUGUCACUAGUACUGCCCUGCCCUGUGUCUGUCUGUCCCUCCUGCCCUGCCCUGUGUCUGUCUGUCCCUCCUGCCUGGGCACCGUGGGCAGCCCCAGCCCCAGCCCAGCCUCACCGUGUCCCUUGUGUCCCCAGGCUGAAGACCCCUAUGACACGGAGAACGGCAGCCAGGGGAACACCUUGCUGAUGUCGCCCUCUCAGGAGCCGGCGGAGCUGCAGGAGAAGCCGAACCCGCCCAACGUGAACGGGGGCAGCCCGGAGAAGGGCACGGGCCCCGCGGCCUCGCAGAACGGGCACUCGGGCCGGCAGCACCGCCCCGCCGACACCGAGAUGUGACCGCGCCCGCAGCCCGGGGCUCGCAGGAGAGCUCUGCGCACCGCAAACCUUCUGCAUCCUCAUCAUCGUCCCUGUGAAGGACUCCAAAAUCAGCCCAAAGCACACGGAGAGCCAGAGCUGCCAGAGAGCGGCUCCUUCUCCUCCUGCUCCUCCUCCCGCUGACCACACAGGACAGUUUUGUGCAGCUGUUCUCUGCUUUUGUUGUCAGAAGAACACCAGGACAAAUGGCAGCGGCCUUUGGCCUCCCCAGCUCUCCGGCAGAGGCAGAGUUUGGCUCCAGGCAGCCCAGGUUUCUGGUAGCAAUAUGUUAAGGCUGUCCAAAGUAGUUAAAUUGGGAUUGCAGCGACAAAAGCCUCUCAGGUUUCAGAUAGUUUUGGUUAACAGAGUUGUUUAUAAUCUCAUCUUUACGUUUAAGUGCAGGAUUUCUUCCUCUUCUUCCUCAGGCAUUUAACCCCUUCCUGUCUUUAGGGCUCCUCUGUUUCCUACCCCAGCAGAAUCUGCUGAAGCUGUGUGCAAAACUUUCCACGUGGAAUUGAAGGCUGAAAUGUCAACUUCUUUCUCUUUGAACCCUACCAGGACUGUGUCCCAAAGGUUUUUUAGAGGGGAAAAACCUUCCCCAGCCUGCUCCAGCCGGGGGCUGGGGGCUGUGACAGGCAGAGCCAGCAAUUCAUCCCUUGGGUGAGAUGGAGAACACUGGGGAGGCUCUGUGGGUGCCUGGGGCAGGAAUUGGGGCAGGAGAGGUUCCAAAGGGCUCCCAGAGGGAUGAGAGGGAGGCAAAACCCAGCUCUGCAAAGGGCAGAGCUCCUCUGUCUGCACCAAGCUGGGACAUGGACACAACAGGGUCUCACUGUGGGAAAUACCAAACCAGGAGCAGGAGCAGGAGCAGGUCUGGCCCCGCUCUGUGCUGAUCCCACUCCCAAAGGAAGCACUGCUGGACCCACACCGAGCUCCUGGCACCUCAGUGGGACCCUGGGCAGGUUUGUUCCCCAUCCCAAGCACACUUUUAGGGAGCCAAAGCCCUGAUUGUGCCAGCCCAGGAGGGGUGGUGUUCAACACCAGCACCAGCAGCGACCUCCACACCCCAAAAUGGCCCUUGGAGCUGAUCUACCCUCUCACGAGUGAAUUCAUGCCAACCUUCUCUCAGUGCUGAACACCUGAGGAAAGGGAUUUUUAGUGGUUUUUUAUCUGGUACAGUGCUCAAAGCAAUGACAGCAGCAUCCACGACCACCCGGGGCUGUUUUUUUUUUGUGGGUGCAAGAGUCGCUUAAACACAAUUAAAAUAUUCCAGGCUGUUUGCUUUGGUGUGAAUUGCUUCUCCCAGAUCUCAUUGUAAAUAAUCCCGGUUGAAAAAGAAAAAUAAUUAAGUACUAAGA